CAUCGAUUUUCGGAAUCGAUUCCUCCACCCCCUUCCCCACAUCCCCCAACCACCGCCGCCACGCUCAACAUCCAUCAUGGCGCCGCGCAGGGAGAAACACGUGGACGGAGCCGCGAGGGCGGUAAACGCGGCCCCUGUCUCGUCUCCCCCGGCUCCCCCGACGACUCCCCCGGCUCUCAGAGGAGAGCCCCUGAGAAACGACGAGGACGAUGAGGACGACGAAGGGGAUGCCCCCGAGGAGCUAUCCCAGGGAGUGGCCCGCGACCGGGCGAUGCGCAGUCUCAAGGAAGCGGAGGAUUCCAGGAAGCGGGAGAAGGCCGAUGUGAAAGAGAAGAGGAGGCUCAAACAUGAGCUCUACACAGAGCAGAAGAAAAGGAAGAUGCUGUCUGAAGAUAUUCUCAAGGCGGUGGGAGAGGCAAAAAGCAGAAAGCCUGCAGGUCCCACAAAGGAAAAGCUGAGCGGUCACCACGGGACGACGACGAUGACGACGAGGAGCAGGAGAGCGGGAAUGAGGAGGAGAGCGCCCCGGCGGAGGAGAAGGGGAAAAAUCCAAGCGCGGCUCGAGCUGCUACCGCGUGGUGCGCCUGCGGGACGAGGGGCUGGGAGCACGGAAACGCGAGGAGGCGCUGAGCUUCCUGCAGCAGCGCCUCUAUGGGCAGGGCCGCCAGCGAGUCUCCGCGAACGAGUUCUUCUCGCUGAGGAACAAGACUGGCGCCCGCAAGAAGCCGGCGCUGCAGUUCGUCAAGGACGGCGUCUCCGGCAUGAAUAAAAAAGAUAGAAAGAAGAGGAGACGGGAGGAGGCGAAGACGGCUUAAUCGUAUCCUUGCCGCCUUGCGUUUAAACCCAUAGCAAAUGUUUCUUAUUGAGACUGGGCUUCAGGAGAGACCGGGUCUCGGGGUCGGAGUCUCGGUUGAGACUGGACUUCAGGAGAGGACCGGGUCUCAGGGGUCGGGAGUCUCGGUUGAGACUGGGCUCCAGGAGACCGGGUCUCAGGGUCUGAGUUCUCGGCUCCAGGAGACCGGGUCUCAGGGUCUGAGUCUCGGUUGAGACUGGGCUCUAGGAGACCUGGGUCUCAGGGUUGGAGUCUUGAUUGAGACUCUGCUCCAAGAGACCGGGUCUCAGGGUCAGAGUUUUUCGACUGAGACUCAGCUAGGUAAAGUUUGUACAGUGAUUGUUCAUCGUUGUGAUUAAAAUAAAGUAACUUUUCUUAAAA